UGUUGUAAUCAUAUUCUCACACCCUUCCUUGCUCUUCUCCAAGCAUCAUACUAAAACUACACUUGCUUCAACUAUAUAUGCCAACCCCUCUCUGUUUCCAAACAAAAACAUAACACACACCCAAAUGAGUAUCUCCGUGAAUGGCCACUCCCAAGUCCCUCCCGGCUUCCGCUUCCACCCCACCGAAGAGGAGCUCCUCCACUACUACCUCCGCAAGAAGCUCUCCUUCCACACCGUCGAUUUGGAUGUCAUUCCCGAUGUCGACCUCAACAAGCUCGAGCCGUGGGACAUCCAAGAGAAAUGCAAGAUCGGAACCACUCCCCAAAACGAUUGGUACUUUUUUAGUCAUAAAGAUAAAAAGUAUCCCACCGGUACUCGCACCAAUCGCGCCACCGCUGCUGGCUUCUGGAAGGCCACGGGUCGUGAUAAAGUCAUUUACACCAACUCCCGCCGAAUUGGUAUGAGAAAGACUCUUGUUUUUUAUAAAGGUCGCGCCCCUCACGGCCAGAAGUCUGAUUGGAUCAUGCAUGAAUAUCGCCUCGAUGAAAUUUCCACCUCCCAAUCCAGUAAUAUUAAGGCGUCGUCGAGCGGUGUGAUUGGAGACGGAGGACAAGAAGAGGGGUGGGUUGUGUGUAGGAUAUUCAAGAAGAAAAACCACCACAAAACCCUGGACAGCCCUGUCAGUACUACAAUUACCGAAACACCCUCCUCUCUCUUGCUUGAUUCUUGCAAUGACGGAGCGUUGGAGCAAAUCUUUCAUUACAUGGGUCGAAGCUGCAAGGACAUAGAAGACGGAGACGGAGACGGAGACGGAGACGGCGGCGGUGGGAGAUUGCUCAGCCCCAUCGACACUUCCACUGGCGGUAGUUACCUGGAUGGCAGAUUCUCCAAACUUCCAAACCUCGAAAGCCCCAAUUCCACCAGCACCCACAACUGCCACCAACCCAUUAACAACCAUGUGGGCCCCACCGAUCCGAUUCUAAUUUCCGGCUACCAACUGGAGUCCUCUUCUGCCGCCGCGGCUACAGCUCCUCACAACUGGGCGGCGUUCGACCGGCUGGUGGCCUCGCAACUGAACGGCCAAAUUGAAGUGUCCAAUAUGAUUUAUUACAAUGACCAAUUACCAACUCCACCAACACUACGCGGAACGACAUCGUUUUCGUCCAAAUCAUCCUCCUCUUCUUACACCGCCGCCGCCGGUCAGGAUUACAACAACGUGGACACAGAGCUGUGGAGCUUUGCGAAGUUGUCGUCAUCCCUGUCGUCGUCGUCUGACCCAUUAUGCCACGUGUCCAACACUCCAAUAUAGCUGCUACUGAGAAUCAUCCACGCGAAGAGAGAGAAAGAGAGAAGAAUUUGAAGACAAGGUUUUUAAUUAAUUAAUUAAAUAUUU